AUGUUGAGAGUUUCCGCUAGACAAAUAAGCCCAGUGGGUAGACAAACAAGAUCUAUUUACACUUCCGUUUUAGACUCGGACAUUAAUAUUACAAGAAACGGGAAAGUUAAUGUUUCGGUGGGUCAUGGUGGACGUUCGUCUAGAACUGGAUACACUGCUACUGUUUUCGGUGCUUCUGGGUUUUUAGGUCGUUAUUUGACUUCCAAAUUGGCCAGACACGGUACCACUACUGUUGUACCAUUCAGAGAUGAUAUGAAAAAGAGAUUUUUAAAGGUUACUGGGGAUUUAGGAGUUGUUAACUUUGUUGAAAUUGAUGCCAGAAACUUGAAGUCGAUUCAAGAUUCCGUUGCUCAUUCUGAUAUUGUCUUCAAUUGUAUCGGGGUCGACUAUAACACCAAGAACUUUUCGAUGGCAGAUGUUAACAUUGGGUUAACGGAAAGAAUCACACAAGCGGUCAAAGAUGCUGGUGUUCCAAGAUUUGUUCAUGUUUCGUCGUAUAAUGCUAACCCAGACUCAAAGUCUGUCUUCUACGCAACUAAGGGUGUCGGUGAACAAGUUGUGCGUGAUAUCUUACCAGAGUCUACAAUCGUUAGACCAGCUCCAAUGUUCGGCCGUGAAGACAACUUAUUAAACUAUUUAGGACCAAAGUUGAAAAUGUGGACUCCAAAUAAGAAUGCCAAAGAAAUUUACCCAAUCCACGUUAUGGACGUCGCCAGAGGUUUAGAAAAGAUCGGUUUUGAUGACUCCACUCUUGGCCAAACUUAUGAAUUAUACGGUCCUGAAAAAUUCUCCUACCACGAAAUCAGACAAAUGAUUCACGGUAUCACUCAAAAUUUUGCUCAAGCUGGUCCUUUACCUUACAGUUUUGCUGAUUACCAAAUUCCAUUACCACUUGCUAAACUAGUCGCUGAACUUAAGCAAUUGGUGUACUGGAAGUUAACAAACCCAGAUCAAAUCGAAAGACAUUUAAUCAACCAAACUAUUGACCCAACUGCUAAGACUUUCAAAGAUUUAGAAAUUGAAGAUUUAGACCAAUUGGCUAAUGUGUUGUUCACAUACGUCAAGCACUGGAGACAUCCAUUGAUUGCCCAAAAGGGUGCUCCAUCAGCUAAAGAAUUACGUCAAAUCCAACAUUUCUCGUAA